AUGCCUUCCGCCAAAGCAUCCACUAACGGUGUCCACGUCGUCGCCCGCCAACCACAGCGACCGAAGCACAGCCAUGCCAUCGCUCACGUGCCCAAUCCUACAGCACAUUACGACACUUCGAUAUCGAUACCCGUACGAAAGUACCUCCAGACCUACGGCCUCAUUCCUCCACAGCCCGAGAAGUACGAAGCCCAAGAGAAGAGAUGUCUACAACAACUAGCAUGCAAGUCCAACGACCUUGAACGGUUUUCAUACCUCGCCAACAUCCGCGCUCACAAUGUUCAUCUCUUCUACAAACUCUUGAUAGACCACUUCACAGAGAUCACCCCGCUAGUCUACACGCCCACCGUCGGUGAAGCCUGCCAGAAAUGGCACCAGAUCUACACCCAUCCGGAAGGCAUGUACAUCAGCUGGUCCGACCGCGGCCACAUAGCCCAAGUGAUCCAGAACUGGCCCCAGACCAACGUCGAGAUCUGCGUCGUGACUGACGGCAGUCGGAUCUUGGGCCUAGGUGACCUCGGUGUCGGCGGCAUGGGCAUCCCCAUCGGCAAGCUCGCCCUGUACACUGGCUGCGCCGGAAUCCGCCCUGAAGGUACUCUCCCCAUAACCUGUGACCUGGGCACCAGCAACAAAGCCCUCCGCGACGACCCCCUCUACAUGGGCAGCCGACGCGACAAAGUCACCCCACAAGAAGAGCAAGAAUUCCUCGACGAGCUGAUGGUCGCGCUGAAAGAACGCUGGCCAGACAUCGUAAUCCAGUACGAAGACUGGAAGAAUCCCUUCGUCUCCCUCGAGCGCUACCGCCACGACUACGCCAUGUUCAACGACGAUAUUCAAGGCACAGGCGCCGUGAUCAUGGGUGGCGUAGUCGGCGCAGUCCAACAAUCCGGCAUAGCCGCCAAAGACCACCGCGCCGUCUUCCUCGGCUCCGGCUCCGCGGGCGUUGGCGUCGCCAAGCAGAUCGUCGACUAUUUCGUCAAGCAAGGCAUGACCGAAGACGAUGCCCGCCGGAAAUUCUGGCUCGUCGACUCUAAAGGUCUCGUCACCUCCGACCGCGGCGACACCUUGGCCGAGCACAAAAUCUAUUUCUCCCGCACCGACAACGCCGGCAAGCAGUUCAAGACCCUCGACGAGGUGAUCGACUAUGUCCAGCCCACCAUCCUGAUGGGCUUGUCCACGAUCGGCGGCGCUUUUACACCCCAGAUCCUCACCAAAAUGACAAACUUCUCCAAACGCCCGAUCAUCUUCCCACUCAGCAACCCCUCUUCCAAAUCAGAAUGCACCUUCGCCGACGCGUCAAGCACACCAACGGAACCUGCCUGUUCGCCUCCGGCAGGCAACAACAUGUACGUCUUCCCCGGCAUCGGACUUGGUGCUAUCCUUUGCAAGUCGGUACAGGUCACGAGCGACAUGAUCUACGCGUCCGGCGAAGCCAUCCCGAGCAUGAUCACGCCCGAGGAGGCUAAGCUGGGAAUGUUGUACCCGAGCAUAACCCGGAUCAGGGAUGUGAGCGCGAGGGUGGCGACGUAUGUGAUCAGAGCAGCGCAGCGGGACAACGUUGACCGCAUGCAUCAUCUGCGUGAUAUGGAUGAUGAGGAGCUGGAGGAGUGGGUUAAGGGAAAGAUGUAUGAUCCGCAUGCCGAGACGAGGGAGUUGGAGGAGGAGGUUAGGGACAUUGUGGGUGGUUUGGUCGGGGCUUUUGCUACUAAGGCGAGUUUGUGA